AUGAAAUCACUGAAACAAAAUCACUGUUUGAGGCGUCAGGAAUUGCAAAAUGAAUUGUCACUUCCAUUGGGAUGUGAUUGUCAGUCGCUACAGUGUCCGAAGGUACGUACAACAAGCGGAUGGCUGGACCUCUUUCCUAUUCCGUGCCAGAAGAACAAAGACUGUAGCGUCAUGGGCGCUCAACAUGUUUGCUGCAAAGGUUUCUGCACCAAGGGGAUAAAAGCGGCUUCGCAAUUACGAGUGGCGAGUAUUGUUACCGAGGCAAGCACAAGCACAAGUUCAAGCACAGCCCCAAGCACAAGCACAAGCACUAGUACCACAACAAGCACGACCACAACCACAACCACGACCACAACGACAACUACAACCCCGAGUACCACCAGCACGACCACGACCACCACGACCACGCCGCCGCCGACCACAACCACGACCACGGAACCGCCGCGACCAUUCCUGCAAUUACUACCAAUACAAACAACUCCGAAGAACGCUCCAGUCAAAUCAGGGAAGACACAGAAGCUGGUUUGUCCAAAACAAUUGGCGCCAGUGAAUUUAUUUUCUAUACCGUGCGAAAAGAACUCGCAGUGCCGUGCUACUAGCGGCCCGGGGCAGGUUUGCUGUCAAGGCCAAUGCGUGAAGGGAGUGCCAGCCCCAAUUUCUGAACAGACACACCAACCUAUCCUCGGUGUGAUUCCUCGCGAGUGUCCGACUGCGCCUCUCGGUGAACUUCUAUUUGAGGUCCAGACCUGCAAACGUGAUUCUGACUGCUGGCCCCGUGUGUGUUGUCCCGAUGGAGCCCGCUCGUACUGUAGAACAGCUAGAGCUCGUCUUGACCUUGUUCCAGUCGCUAAUAGGAUUGAAGCGCCUGUACGUAUGCUAGAGUCGUACUUGCAAUGUACAGCGCCACCAGCCCGUGAAUUGUUCCCACAGCGUUGUACCUCGAGCGUCGAUUGUUUCCCUAACCUUUGUUGCGCGGAAGGCGGAGUUAAGAACUGCCGCCCUCCAGCCAGAAGCCUAUUUGCACUACUUGCGGGAGUCGCCCAGCGAUUGGGCUAA